CAUGUGCUUAGCUUUGUUGGUAGACAGAAAUAGGGGGGAAGAGCCGGAGAGGGAGUCUCUUCUAGUCUUCUUCCUCCUACCUCCAUCUUUUUCUCUAGACCACACAGCAGGCGCUUAAUAGCCUUGCUCAUGGUUUUCUCCAAACGCCAACUCUAGCAAGGGUCUGAUUCCUCUCUAGAUUUAUUCUUUGUGUGAAGCCACAGUAUUUUACUGCAGCCAUUUAAGUCCUCUCUCGAGAAGGCAUCCUCUCUCUCUCUCUCUCUCUCUCUCUCUCUCUCUGACUGAGAGAUCUGAAGCCUCCUGUGCGAUAGGAGGCUGCAGCAUUUGAGGUGGUCAGGAUGAGCAAGGAGGACGUCCUCAAGGUGCAGACCUGCGUGCUGAAAGUUAACAUCCACUGCGAUGGGUGCGAGAAGAAGGUCAAGAAGAUCCUGCACAAGAUUGAUGGUGUCUACCAGAGCAGUGUGGAUGCAGAGCAGGGGAAGGUGACGGUGUCCGGCCUGAUGGAUCCGGCCACCGUCAUCAAGAAGCUGAACAGGGCCGGCAAGCCCGCCAACCUGUGGGGCGCCAAGCCUGGUGUGGUAAGCCAGGUCCAAAAGCUCCAGCUCGGCGGCGCCGGCGCCGGCGGCAAGGGCCAGCAACCGAAGGAUGCUGGCGGCAAGGGGCAGCCCAAGGAUGCCGGUGGCAAGGGCCAGCCCAAGGGUGGAGCGGGUGCCGGAAACGCCGGCGGUGGAGGCGGCGGUGGCGCGAAAGGCGCAAAGCCGCUGGCGAUGCCACAGGCGACUCCGCAGCAGCUUCAGCAACUGCAGCAGCUGCAACAGCAGAUGCAGAUGAAGGGGAUGAAGCUUCCUCCCCAGCUCAUGGCCAUGGGUGGCAAGAUGCCGUUCCCGGCGGCGGCCGCGCCGCCGGCGAAGGACCCCAAGGCCGUCAAGUUCAACGUUCCCGUGGACGACGAGUUCGGGGACGACGGCAGCGAGUUCGAUGAUGAGUUCGAUGAUGACUUCGACGACGAGGAUUUCGAGGACGACGGCCUCGACGACGACUUGUACGACGACCCAAAGAUGAUGGCAAAGCCCAUGGCAAUGCCGAUGGGCAACGGCGGGGGCGGCAAGAAGGGUGGCGGCGGGAACGAGAUUCCGGUCCAGAUUAAGGGGAACGCCAACAACGGCGGCAAGAAGGACUCUGGCGCAAAGCAGAACCAGGGUGGCGGAGGCGGCAACGGCAAGAACGGUGGCGGUGCGCAGCCGCCACAGAACGGCAAGGGCGGCGCCCCGGGCGGUAGGAACCAGCCUGGCCAGGCCAAGAAGGGCGGCGGCGCCGGUGGCCCGCCCGCCGGCGUCGGCGCUCCGAUGAUGGGCGGCAUGCCGCCGCCGCAGCAGCAGCCGGGCAUGAUGAUGAGGCCGCCGAACAUGAUGGGCGGCGCCGGUUUCCCCGGUAUGGGCCAGAUGGGCGCCGGGCCCAUGGGCGGCAUGCCGAUGGGCCACCCCCACAUGGGUGGCAAUGGCAUGCAGCCGGGAGGUGGCGGCGCCGCCGUGCAUGGCAUGCCGGCCGGCGGCAUGAUGCCUGGGGCUGGUUUCUACCCGGGCGGCGCUGGCGGCGGCGGCAUGCCGUCCGGGCCGGAGAUGAUGCAGGCGGCCGGGAACCCCAUGGCGCAGCAGGCGUACAUGUCCAUGAUGCCGCAACAACAACAGCUGCAGAUGAUGAUGAAUGGCCAUGGUCCUCACGGGCACCACGGUCACCAUGCCCAUGGCGGCGCCGGAUACCCGCCGAUGGGGUACGGCUACGGGUACCCCCGCCCGGCGAUGCCGUACCCGCCGCCGAUGUACUACCCUGCGCCGCACUCGCAUGACAACAUGUUCAGCGACGAGAACCCCAACAGCUGCUCGGUGAUGUGAGGCGACGUCGCCGCCGCCUGACAAGCUUUCUCCUGCUGAUGCUGCGGACAAAGUCAACCAAAGGGGAGCGCAUGUCAGUCAGUCAGUAUACAUGAGAAACUAGUACCAGCUAGCUAGAAUCGCCCCCCUUUUUCUUCUUCCCAUUUCUUUUUGUUUCCUUUUCUAGCUUAUUUUCACCUUUUUCAUCCUUUGAACAAAAAAAAAGAGGAACUUCCUUGAAGUGGAAGGUAGGUAUAGUAAUUAUCAAUAGUGGUCAUAAGAGAUGGCUGUGCUUUACAGUAGCUCAAGAAGGUGAUGCUGAUGGCUUCCCUUCUUGCUCCAUAAUGUGAUGGUAGAAGAAUGUGCAAAAACAAGGUUAACCCAAUGCGCCUUUCCUGUGCUUUGGAAGUUUGGAUGCAUGAAUGAAUGGCCUACCUGCAUAUCUUUGACAUGCUGGUGGAAUGUUGUCAA